UUUUAAAAUUUUGGACGGCGUAGAGUUUCCACCUGCUGUGGCCGAUACAUCGAUACAGCGUCACAUACGAUUCGUUUCGCAUCGCAUAAAAAGUUCAGCAAAUUCUAUUCGAUAUCCAAGCAAUCGAUAGCUUUUACAAAUUUAUCUCGUCGGCAAAUUCUAUAUUGCAAUUUUCGAUCGUGCGCGACCUGCGAGUUGCGUGUUCUUUAUUUGGCCCUGCCCACUGUGCAAUAAAGCCGGAAUCCUCUCCGAGCCAUCGGACGGACCGUAAAUCAAAGGCAAAACCACUUAGCCAGACGUUCCUUACUCUCGUGUUGUGCGCGUGUUGUGUCCGUGUGUGUCCCAUUGUGCGUGUGUUUUUGUGUAGCGGUGUGCGUGCCCAGUGGUCAAGUGUGCGUGUGCGAGGGGGUGAGCGGUGCAGCCACAACAGUCGCAUUUACGCAAAUAUUCUCGAUAAUUCAGUGAAAUGUCGUCCAGCGGCCAGCAAUUGAUGGCCGAUUCACCAGCCUGCAGCAGCUCCGACGGAUCCCCGCUGGCCAAGAAGCGAAGAUUGGAGCUGGCAACGGCCGAGAACGAGGAAGCCGGCGCUGCGACGAGCAGCAGCAACAACUACGAAAAUCACGACAAAGCAGCAGGCGGCGUUGACAUUUCGAGCGAGACAACAAUAGAGCAGCAGCUGGAGCUGUGUGUAUCGUCGUCCACCUCUGACACGUGUGCCCCGAAUGCGACGGCGAGGCGAGCGAACGAAUCAGCGGCGAAAGCGAACAGCGACGACGUUAUUACUUCGUCAGCAGUGGAAAAGGAAAGUAGCAAUAGCAAGCAGCGCCCGGAGAAGCGGAAUAACCUGGACAUCGAAGCCUCCUCCUCAGCGAAUUCAAGCUCCUCCAGAAGCAACUCUAGUACCACCAACGCCGCGAACAACAACGUCAGCUCCAGCAAUAGCAAUAACAACAGUAAUAGUCGGCAUUUAGGAGGUAGUAGCAUGGCUGCCAAUAAUGCCGCCGCUGGCGGAGAUAUCGACGAGUCGCUGUACUCGCGCCAAUUGUACGUCCUCGGGCACGAUGCCAUGCGCCGGAUGGCCAACUCGGACAUCCUGCUCUCUGGCCUGGGAGGAUUGGGACUGGAGAUAGCCAAGAAUGUGAUUCUGGGCGGUGUGAAAUCGAUCACCCUGCAUGACACAGCAACUUGUGGGCUCCAAGACUUGUCGUCGCAGUUCUAUCUCACCGAGGCCGACAUUGGCAAGAAUCGUGCGGAGGCCUCCUGCUCUCAGCUUGCUGAACUAAAUAACUAUGUGCGUACGCUCACGCACACAGGUCCCCUUACGGAUGAAUUCCUGCGCCAGUUCCGCGUCGUGGUGCUCACCAAUUCGGAUGCCGCCGAGCAGCAGAGGAUUGCCCAGUUUGCCCAUGAUAACGACAUUGCUUUGAUUAUCGCCGAAACGCGUGGCCUGUUCGCCAAGGUGUUCUGUGAUUUCGGAGAGAACUUCACCAUCUUUGACCAGGAUGGCGCCCAGCCGGUGUCCACCAUGAUUGCCAGCAUCACCCACGACGCUCAGGGAGUGGUGACUUGUCUGGAUGAGACCCGUCACGGCUUCAAUGACGGCGACUAUGUCACCUUUUCUGAGGUGCAGGGCAUGACGGAACUUAACGGCUGUCAGCCCAUUAGGAUCACCGUGCUGGGACCCUACACCUUUAGCAUUGGCGACACCAGCAAGUUUGGCGAGUACAAGAGCAGCGGCGUGGCCACGCAGGUGAAGAUGCCCAAGACGGUCAGUUUCAAGCCCCUGGCGCUGGCCACCGAGGAGCCCGAGUUCCUGAUCUCCGACUUCGCCAAGCUUGAUGCGCCUGCCACGUUGCACGUGGCAUUUAAGGCUCUCUCCUGCUACCGCAAUGCCAACAAUGGAGCUUUGCCGCGGCCUUGGAACGACGAGGAUGCCAACAAAUUCCUGCAGCUGUGCAAGGACAGCAGUAAUGCUGAUAUCGAUGAGAAGCUGGUGCUGCAGUUCGCCAAGAUCUGCUCGGGCAACACAUGCCCGCUGGAUGCGGCCAUUGGCGGCAUUGUGGCCCAGGAGGUGCUCAAGGCUUGCAGUGGAAAGUUCACUCCGAUCUUCCAGUGGCUGUACUACGAUGCCCUGGAGUGCCUGCCAGAAGGAGGUGUGCCCGAGGCUGAGGCUCAGCCUGUGGGCUCGCGGUACGAUGCCCAGAUUGCUAUAUUUGGCCAGAAGUUCCAGCAGAAGUUAGCCGAUUCCAAGUGGUUCAUCGUUGGAGCCGGUGCCAUUGGUUGCGAGCUGCUGAAGAACUUUGGAAUGCUCGGCCUGGGCGUGGGCAAGGGCCAGAUCUUCGUCACCGACAUGGAUCUCAUUGAGAAGUCGAAUUUAAACCGUCAGUUCCUGUUCCGCCCACAUGACGUGCAGAAGCCCAAGUCGCUGACGGCGGCCGAUGCCAUUAAGCGAAUGAACCCGGAUGUAAAUGUCACGUCUUAUGAGCUGCGCGUUGGCCCAGAAACUGAGAAGGUCUUCUCCGAGGAUUUCUUUGGCAAGUUAGAUGGCGUGGCCAAUGCUUUGGAUAAUGUAGAUGCCCGUAUCUACAUGGAUCGCAAGUGCAUAUUCAACCGCAUCCCUCUGGUCGAGACCGGAACACUGGGCACCUUGGGCAACGUUCAGGUGAUUGUGCCCUUCGCGACCGAGUCGUACAGCUCGUCUCAGGAUCCACCAGAGAAGAGUAUUCCAAUCUGUACGCUGAAGAACUUCCCCAAUGCCAUCGAACAUACUCUACAGUGGGCUCGCGAUGCCUUUGAGGGUGUCUUUAAGCAAAAUGCCGAGAAUGCGGCUCAGUACAUAAGCGAUCCGCAGUUCACCGAGCGAAUUGCCAAGUUGCCUGGCAUUCAGCCCCUCGAGAUUCUGGAUUCCAUCAAGAAAGCCCUGAUCGAUGAUAAGCCAACAAGCUUUGCUCAAUGUGUGGAGUGGGCCCGUUUAACCUGGGAGGAUCAAUAUGCCAACCAGAUCAAGCAGCUGCUGUUCAACUUCCCACCCGAUCAGAUCACCUCCAGUGGUCAGCCGUUUUGGUCUGGACCCAAGCGCUGUCCCGAUCCGCUGGUCUUUGAUGUAAACGAUCCCAUGCAUCUGGACUACAUCUAUGCAGCUGCCAAUUUGAGGGCGGAGGUUUAUGGCAUUGAACAAGUUCGCAAUCGCCAGACAGUUUCAGAGUUGGUGCAACAGGUUAAGGUGCCAGAAUUUAAGCCACGUUCGGGCGUUAGGAUUGAGACUAAUGAAGCAGCCGCUGCUGCUGCGGCCAACAACUUUGAUGAUGGUGAAGUGGACCAGGAUCGCAUGGACAAGAUCAUUACCGAGCUGCUGAAGAACGUCGACAAGAGCGCAAAGAUCACACCUUUGGAGUUUGAAAAGGACGACGACAGCAACUUGCAUAUGGACUUCAUUGUGGCCUGUUCGAAUCUGCGCGCCACGAACUAUAAGAUCCCACCAGCCGAUCGUCACAAGUCCAAGCUUAUUGCGGGUAAGAUCAUACCCGCCAUUGCCACCACAACAUCGGUGCUCUCCGGUUUGGCUGUGCUGGAGGUGAUCAAGCUGAUUGCCGGCCACCGUAAUCUCGAUCAGUUCAAGAAUGGCUUUGUCAAUCUGGCGCUACCAUUCAUGGCCUUCUCGGAGCCGCUGCCCGCCGCCAAGAACAAGUACUACGGCAAGGAGUGGACGCUGUGGGACCGCUUCGAGGUUAACGGCGAGCUGUCGCUGCAAGAGUUCCUCACCUACUUCGAGGAGCAGGAGAAGCUGAAGAUCACGAUGCUCUCACAGGGCGUAUCGAUGCUGUACUCGUUCUUCAUGCCCAAGGCCAAGUGCUCCGAGCGGCUGCCGCUGCCCAUGUCGGAGGUGGUGCGUCGCGUGUCCAAGCGCCGCAUUGAAUCCCACGAACGCUCGCUGGUGUUCGAGAUCUGUUGCAACGACGUCGAAGGCGAGGAUGUGGAGGUGCCCUACGUUCGUUACACGCUGCCCUAAGCCCAUAUAUAUUCUUAAUUUAACCAUUAAAUUAUUUUAUGAUCCCGUUUUGUCGUUCGGAGACACGCCCACGCGCACCUCUAAACAGAAAUGAAAUGUCUAGCUGUUUUGAGUUUUAAUUUAAAUCACAAAUACCACAACCCGAGGGAUGGCAACCCAGAUCUAGAAAUUAUAUAUAUAUAUAUUAUUA